UGUCAGGCUGCCGGGGCGCGUUUGGGACCCGAGGAGUGAAAGGAGCCCUGAGCUGCCAUCAUCAACUGAACAAGAAGGCUUCCAGGUUGUGCUUCAUGAUUUGAAACUUGGAGACAUUUCUAGAUCUGACAUGAAGAUGGAGGCAAUAGGAAAAGGUGAAGAACUUUUAGAUUCUGAAGUGCCUCCUCAAGUCGAUCAGCAGAAGGCGGACAGUCAAGCUGACGAGGGCUCUCUAGAACUAGAGGCUUCUCUAAAAGAUGGUGCGCAAGAUGUCCCGGACUCUUCCAGUCUUUCUUCAAUGCCUUGCUUGCUAAUGGAGCUUAGGCGGGACUCUUCAGAGUCUCAGCUAGCAUCCACAGAAAGCGACAAACCAACUGCUGGGCGUGUUUACGAAAGCGACUCUUCAAACCACUGCAUGCUUUCGCCUUCUUCCAGUGGACACUUGGCUGAUUCCGACACGUUGUCUUCCGCAGAAGAAAAUGCACCAUGUCGUCCAGAAGCAAUAACAGAAGGCUGUGACGCCUCCACUCCAGGAGUCGUGGCGGCCCGUAAAUCAAGGAGGUCCCGAUCAGAGAGCGAAACCUCAACUAUGGCUGCCAAGAAGAAUCGUCAGUCGACCGACAAGCAAAAUGGUAGAGUUACAAAAAUUAAGGGCCACCGAAGCCAAAAGCACAAGGAAAGGAUCCGACUGUUGAGGCAGAAGAGAGAGGCGGCUGCGCGAAAGAAGUACAACUUGUUACAAGAUAGCAGCACGAGUGACAGUGACCUUACCUGUGACUCUAGUACAAGCUCAUCCGAUGACGAUGAGGAAGUUUCAGGGAGCAGCAAGACAAUCACAGCAGAGUUACCAGGAAAGUUGAGCCCUGUGGAACAAGGAGCUGUAGAAGAAGAGAAUCUGAGACAGGAAGGAUUGUAAGAAAGAGCUUUACAUUAGAGCAUCCCAAUGGAGGACCAGUCUGCAGCCACAGCACCGUCCCUCAUCUUCCCCUUCAGCGACCGGCAGCAGCUUUUGCACUUAGUGCUGCUUGGGUAGGUCCCACGUGGCGCGGAGGAUGGGACAGUCCAGCUCCAGUGUAUCCAGCCGGGAUUUUUGUUUUUUAUUUUCUUUGGUUUGUUUGACCAAGCCUUUGUUCCAGAUUUUCUGCGGCACAGGCUUUAUAUUUAUCCAGAUGGGCAUUAAGUUAUUGUGGCUGCGGACAUUUCUGUGACCCGCCAUUCCGAGAUCCAACCUUUAUUAUUAUUAUUAUUAUUAUAUAAAUAUUUUUUUUGUAGCAGUUCAUCUUCAUUCCUUUCACUGUAUUGGGCGUAGAAGAAAACUGAAAAAUCCAACUAAAGCAUUUAUUCAUUUUAUUUAUAAGUCUUUCCUGUGACUGUGUGACUUAAUUUAGGAGCCAUGCUUUUCUGUUUGAAAUGGUUAAUAAAACACACCUUGUUUGA